AUUCAUGAUUGACUUAAGUCUUUCUAUUGAUGAUUAUUUGAUUCAUCCAAACUUUAAUACGGAAAGUCACAAAUAGAAUUUUGAAAAAUUUUUGUAGAGUUUCAAGAAGAAAUAUGGAUCGCAUAUGGAAACGAGUUGUAACGAUACUAAGCAUAAUUCUCGCCACAUUCACUACUAGUAGUACUAUGGUUAUCUAUAACAAGUGGCUUCUUAGUGACUGUCAGUUGGAACAAGCCCCGUGUAACAAGUGGAAUUUUCCGUUUCCACUCUUAGUGACAGCAAGUCAUAUGGGCUUCAUAUCACUCUCCUUAGGACUUGUGUUUCGCUUCACAAACUGGUGUGAAAAGCCUUCCGUUCCAAAAAGGUUAUACUACCUAUUUGUAGUCCCAUAUUCCAUACUGGUGGCACUUGACAUUACACUAUCCAAUUCAGGGUUUCUUUAUUUGGAAGCCUCUUUUGUGGAAAUGAUAAAGUCUUCUAUGCCAGCUUCUGUUUUGUUGUUUUCGGUUGUUUUUGGACUUGAAGUUGUAUCUGCCCGUCUUAUUAUUGUUGUUUCUUUGAUUUCUGUAGGUCUUGCCUUAUCAAGCUAUGGAGAGGUGAACUUUCAGCUUACUGGCUUCUCUUUGGAGUUAAUUGCAGUCUUAAUUGGGUCAUUGCGCUUAGUCUAUGCUCAGUAUUUACUUCAUGGGAAGGACGAUGAUGACUUGACAACUAAUCAAGAGAUGACUGGUGUAUCCAUUUCCAGUCCGCAUCGUUUGAAAACACUUCAGUUGUUAUAUUAUCAAACCAGUAUUGCAUUUUCGUUUUUAAUCAUUCCAGCUUUGUUUUCAAUUAUUUCUCAAUACCACAAGUUUCAAGUACCUAAUGAAACUGUGUAUCUUAUUUCUACUUGUCUUAUUAUUCUAUCGGGUGCUAUCAUAGCGCUAGCAUUGAAUAUUUGUGACCUCUUGAUGGUUUCGUAUACUUCUGCAUUGACCUGCACUGUCGUUGGGACUAUUAAAACUGCCGUUGUUGUGGGAGCUUCUUGGUUGGUAUUUCGAAAUGCUGUUUCUUAUCUCAACAUCUUGGAUGAAACAGAAAGAGUUGGAAAAGGAGAACAAUAAUAAUCUUGAAGCGGACAGAGUC